AUGUCAACAUUAAGUGACUCAGGCUUUGAAGAGGACCUUCAGAGUUCUCCGGCAGUCAAGUGGACAGAAGAUUAUAGCAUCAGACUGACACUGGACUGGGAUGGGUGCGAUUAUGAAGAGUGCUGCUUCAUCAUUCAGAGACACAAUGAGCAGCAGUUUCUGGCGCAGAACUGUCUGGAUAAUCAACCGCAGAUCACCGCAGACGCUCGCAGCAGACUGGUCAGCUGGCUCAUAGCUGUACACAGACAGCUCAAACUAUCCUUUGAAUCAUGCUGUUUGGCCGUUAAUAUCAUGGACCGUUUUUUGAUCACAACCUCAGUUGCUGCCGACUGUUUCCAGUUACUGGGAGUGACAUCUUUGCUGAUCGCAACAAAACAAGUUGAAGUAUGUUCACCUCGCAUCAAAGAACUUCUCUCACUUUGCUGCAACUCUUUUUCCAGGGAACAACUAUGCAAUCUUGAGUGCCUUAUUCUUCUUAGACUCAAUUUUAGACUGGCUGCACCUACCCUAGCUUUCUUUCUGGACUAUUUUACCAGUCGUGGCCUUCUUGGUCAUCAACCUAGUGGACCCUCGGUCACUACACAGGAUAGAAUUAGAUGGAAAAAGCACGGAGCUUCUGAAGACCAAGAUUCUAGUACAAAGAAGCUGAAUUGGUUGGCUUGCAAAGUCUGUGAACUGAGUUUGGCGGACUACACGUUUAACAAGUAUAUACCUUCUGUCAUUGUACAUUGUGCUAUAAAAUUAGCAAAAGAUCUUCUGAAGAUAUCGUCAAUUCAAUCUACAGACAACAACACUGGCUCAACAAAGACAUUUAAUUCAUUCUGUUUGAAUGAAAACCAACUACUUACCUGUGAGAAUCAGGUUUUAUUUAAACAAUGCACUGAAGAUCUGAAAUUGUUAGUUUCUCUUAAUCAAGAUGCAGUCCAAGACUUCAUAUCACUUUAA